GCUCCAUAUCCACCGCUCCCUCUCCUUUCUCAUCUUGAUUAAAUUCCUCUCCUUCCUCUCCAUCUUUUUGAUUUCUCUUCAGUCCACACCCAACGACCUUCACAAACUAAUCUCCCUUAGAAAGUAGAAUAAACACUACAAUGGCCAGUGUCACCUCAGCUGCUGUUGCCAUCCCCUCUUUCACCGGCCUAAAGGCCGGAGCAACUGUCAGAAUGGGAUGCACCACCGCCGCCAAGGUUGGGUCCACCCGUACCCCCAUGGUGGCCGGUGUGAAGGCAUCAAUGAAAGAAGUGGGAGUGGCUGUUGUGGCCACCGCCGCAAGCGCAAUACUUGCCAGCAACGCCAUGGCAAUUGAGAUCUUGCUGGGCGGAGAUGAUGGGUCGUUGGCGUUCGUGCCCGACAGCUUUAGCAUCAGCCCAGGAGAGAAGAUCGUCUUCAAGAACAAUGCUGGGUUCCCCCACAAUGUGGUUUUCGAUGAGGACGGGAUCCCAUCUGGCGUCGACGCUACCAAAAUCUCCAUGAGCGACGAAGACCUUCUCAACGGCCCUGGUGAGACUUACUCUGUUACCCUCAGCGAGAAAGGAACCUACUCUUUCUACUGCUCUCCUCACCAAGGAGCUGGCAUGGUCGGCAAAGUGACCGUUAAUUAAAUUUAAGCUUUUUAAGGAUCUGUUAAUGGAAUUGUCUCAUUACUUUUUGUAUCGAUCUACAGUACUAUUAAGUUAUGGGCUUUCUGGUUUUCUCUCCUCUCAUUCAUUUUGGGGUUGUAGAAAUCAGAGUUUGUGUAAAGAGGGCUUGGAAGAGAAGGGACAUAGUUGCCAGGUUCUUAGUUUUCAUUCACUGGUGCUUGAUUUGUACUUUGGCUGGUUAAAUUCAGUCACCUAGACUUGAUUCAACAUUAAUUUGCUCAAUUCCCAAA